AUGACCGACGACCUCGCGACCUGGAGCGCGCCCGUCCUGGACUCGUUCCUGGACCUUCUCAUCGAGCCCGCGGCCGAGCCGACGCUGGCCAUCACGGUCAAGAGAGCGACGCCGGUCGCCGAGAUGACUAUGACCCGACGGCUCUCGUACGACGAGGACGACGUUAACAGCUCGGCCUCGGAUGCGACGUGCAGCAGCAAGAACUCGACCGCGCAGCAGCGGUAUCGGAAGCGCCAGAAGCGCGAGCUCGAGUACCUUCGCGACCAAGUGGCCGAGAUGAGCGCACACCUCACCGUCCUCAAGAGCAUCCGCGGCUUGGAGACAAGCCAAAGCUCUUUCUGGGAGAAGAAGGCGCGCGUGCAAAAGCUAAGCAGCCAAAAGGCCGCGCAGGAGAACGCCCGACUGAAAGACGCUGUGGAAGAGCAGCUCAAGAUCGCCGAGACUCUUAACCAGCUGCUCGUGAAGCGGCCCAAGCUGGCGGCGUUCCCGACCAUGGACACGGUCGACUGGCGGCUGCGGCGCUUGUCUACUGACAAAGCUAGUCGUGACGCCUGCCUCCGCGCUCUGCUUCAAGACGGCUACGACCACGUCGACACGAUGCUAUUGCGCCAGAACCUCUUUGAUGUGCCCUCGGGCCACAAAUCGGUGACGGUUCGGCUCAACGAAGCAGGUACCGCGCUCGCGACGUCCGUUCAAGGCGUGCACCGCAUUGCGUCCAACUACUUGACGCUGGCCAGUCGCCUCUGGACGAUCUGGAACGACCCGCACAACACUGAGUUUGAGCGCAUCUUUCGCUCGCGCGUGCUCGACAAGGUCGAUGACAAUAUUGUCUACUGCGAGCACAUUGAGCACUUCCGCGGCGCAGUCCCGUACCUCUACCGCCUCUGCGCGACGCAGCGCUACAUUGAGAACGACCGUGUCGUUUUUGUUGUUCAAACCAUCUUGGACGACCCGCUGCACCCGCCGCCGCCCGGCCUGUAUGUGUCCAACGACCAGCUCACGGUCAUUUUCGAGCGCGUGAGCGAAACCGAGACCAUUAGACGACUCUGCGUGAGCGGCGAGCUGCCCAUUGCGCCGCCGCCUGGCAGCCCCCUCACCGACAACCCCCAGCACUUGAUCUGCGACUUCAUUCUGCACGAGAUGACGCAAUGUUUCGAUCAGUUGGAGGCCGUCUUUGGAUGA